GUCUGGCGCGGGAAAUUGUCACUGAGACAGUUGUCAGUGAUGGCGACAGAAGGCCUUUCACAUCGUAAGGUUUCCUUUGUCGGAUUUAAUAAAAAGACAACACCCAGCCGGCCUGCAUCUUACUCCAUCCUCUUCACCCAGAGCACGUAAGCAAACCCUGUGAAGCCAGAGGAGAUGGAUUGGUCCGAGCUAUAUCCAGAAUUCUUCGCUCCACUGACUCAAAAUCAGAGCCACGAUGACCCGAAGGAUAAGAGCGAAAAGAGAGCUCAAGCCCAAGUGGAAUUUGCAGACAUAGGCUGUGGCUAUGGUGGCCUGUUAGUGGAACUGUCACCGCUGUUCCCAGACACACUGAUUCUGGGUCUGGAAAUCCGGGUAAAGGUCUCAGACUAUGUACAGGAUCGGAUUCGAGCCCUACGAGCAGCUCCUGGAGGUGGCUUCCAGAACAUCGCCUGUCUCCGCAGCAACGCCAUGAAACACCUUCCUAACUUCUUCUACAAGGGCCAGCUGACAAAGAUGUUCUUCCUCUUCCCUGACCCACAUUUCAAGCGGACGAAGCACAAGUGGCGAAUCAUCAGUCCCACACUACUGGCAGAAUAUGCCUACGUGCUGAGAGUUGGGGGGCUGGUAUAUACUAUAACUGAUGUGCUGGAGCUACAUGAAUGGAUGUGUACCCAUUUUGAAGGGCACCCCCUAUUUGAGCGUGUGCCUCUGGAGGAGCUGGAACUAGAAAGAAGAUCAACCCCCUGGACCUUCCCAGCUGAGACUGCUGGGGCUUUGAGGCAACAAUCUCUCAAAGAAGUUGGGGGACUGCCCAGGGCAGAGCCCUGGUUUUCAUUACUACCCUUGCCUCGUCCUUUCCUGCCCCUCCAUUGCCAACAGGAAGUAGAAGAAGCUGACUGAGAAGAUCAGAAGACCUUGAACCAGUAGGGAUAUUUGGGAGGAUUGGGGUCUUGCUCCUCCUUAGCACUUCCUUCUCCCUCUGGGAUCUCUCCUCAGCUGGAGUGAGGAAUACAGUUCUCCACUGUCCAUCUAAACGGCCUGCUAAGUUCAAA